AUGAUCGUGCUGCGCCACAAGGUGAUCUCCCGAGUGACAUGCGUAAUACAAACUGUUAUUUUGCAGUUGGACACGUUGAUAGAGUUUUCGACAUUUUUAACGUCAAGGACGCUCACGUUUUCGCUUCCGCACAUUAUCCCCAUUCACUUCGCAAUCGAUCUCACCGAGUCGCAGCCAGCAGAAAAAUUUUGGAUGAAUAAUUCGAUUAUCAAAGAUAUUUUUCAGAAAGAAAAUAUCACAUUUUAUCAACCUACCGAGUUUGAUUUGGUUGACAACGAUGUCAGCAGGGCCACCAUAAGAGGUUUAAGGAAAGAAGUAGUUCUCGUGCCCAUUUUUCUGACCGCCGAUUUCACUCUUGACAAUUUCAUAGAUGAUGUGAGUAUUCUUGAGCACUCUCUUCCUUCUUCCGCCAUGUGUCACGUGAAUCUAAUGUCGAAAAUCCUCUCAAUUCUUAAGAUUAAAAAAUAUCAAGAGCUGGAACGAAAAUUUUUGGUAGAAUGUUCAAAGAGCUACUUGCUCGUCAUGGAAUAUCCCAAUGGUGGCUCUCUUCGACAAUACCUCAAGAAGAAUUUCAGUAAAAUGAAUUGGAGCACCAAGAUCACUUUUGCAAAACAGAUUGCCAAUGUAUUGAUGUUUUUGCAUGCAAACGAUUGCUCUCCUGUGUACCUGACCUCCGAAAAGAUUUUUGUUCACAACGAAAGCAUCAGGUUGAGCAGCGUGGGAUUGAUUGGGCAAUCAAAGAGGCCCUUAAAGCCGCUUGAAAAGAUUCACGGUACAUUUCAAUACACCGAUUCUCAAUAUCUGAAAAUCCAGGAUGCCAUCACGAAUCAAAAAAGUUCAGACAUCUAUAGUCUGGGAGUUCUCCUGUUUGAAAUAGCAAGCGGAAAAAGACCGCUCAAAAUGGAAUCCCCGUCCAGAAUCGAUUUAUUAAACGUCGCCAUGAAGCAUAAUCAAGGAAAUAUCGAUCCCGAAGCACUUAGCGGAUAUUUGAAAGUUCAUACCGAUUGUUGCCAAUAUGACGAGAACCUUCGUCCAAAUAUCGUGCAGGUCGUGAAAGAUUUGGAGAGAGUCAGUGUCAGUGGCACAGGGAACUUUCCAAGUGGUGUGGUGGAAAGUGAGGCGGGUCAAUCGAAAUCAUCCUUGGAAUCAAAUUCAACGUCGAAUGUGCAAACACCUGAAACGGACAUUUUCAUAAGACACUUAUUUGACUUUUUCUCAGAACAAUACAACAUGCAAAAUUUUGUGAUCUCUCCAAAUCUAGUUAGAAAGUAUAUUAAGGAUUUUAACAGGAACCCCGUCAGAGUGAAAUCCACUCCCUCGCCAUUCGCCGGGAUAUACGAGGUCAACCGGGCCAUAGGACAGUUAUGUCUGGCAAAUCUCUACCUAGACGGCAAGGGAAUAAAACAGGAUCAAAAAAAGUCAUUUCAAAUGAUGUUGAAAGCCGCCGAGGGUGGUUCGAGUAGAGCAUUGAAUUGUAUGGCAUUCUGUUACGACAAUGGCUAUGGGCUGGAGAAAGACGAGAACAGUGCGUUCAGAUUGUACUUGAAAUCCGCCGAACAAGGAAAUCUUUUGGCGCAAUGUAACCUGGGCAUUUGCUAUCAAGAAGGGAUCGGGACAUCGAUAAACGAGAUCAAGGGGUUUCAGUUGCACCUGAGAUCCUUCAUCUCCGGGAGCAUCACGGCGACAUAUCGUAUUGGGGAUUGCUAUUUUGACGGGAGAGGCACGCGAAAGAAUAAAAAGACAGCCUUCGAAUGGUACCUGACGUCGUCGGAAGAUGAUUAUAACAUGGCCCAGAGUGAUGCUGGGUAUUGUUAUGGGACCGGCACUGGAACUUUGAGCGACCAAAAGAAGGCAUUUGAAUAUUACCUGAAAGCUGCUCAAAACGGAGACACGGAAAGUCAGCGCUUGGUUGGCAUUCGUUACCUGCGCGGAAUUGUGGGUGGGGGCAAAAGAAAUUUUGUUCGAAGUUCCACAGGGUCACCCCUUUGCUGUCCGGAAACUGCCGCCUCGUGUUCCGGUGACGAUUCACAGGAUGUUGGAGCACCCGAGUCUCAUCAGGGAAAAGCGGCCGAGGGUGCUGAAGGCAGACAGAACACCUCAAGUGAAGAGGUCAAGCGCAUAUUCGAGAACUCCAUAAACAAUCAUCAGAUCUGUUCAGAACCUGAGGAGAUUGAUCGGGAUAAACAGGCUGCUUCACAACAGAUUUCAGAGCGCGAGAAUUCAUCAUCCUCUCCCAAUGAUAAUGGUAAUAGCGUUGAUAGUGAUGGAGAUAUGCCGGAACCAUCAGACUUUCAGGUCAGAGGAGAGGUCAAGGGGCAUCUGCGAUUAAAGCUUUAUUUUAGACCCGCAUUUUCAAUCUCGCAUGAGGAAGACGUGAAACGUGGUUUAACUGGGGCGAAUACUAGAAUAUUAUAUCAGAACCCGUUCGUCUCCAUCCAUGAUGACGAGGGGAAUUAUGAAGUCGAGGAGAGAAAGAUUCCUUGUGGAGAAACUUAUGAUAUCGAGGUUGCUGGCGAGAGGAGGAUAAACAGGCUGUAUCGACGGAGAACGAUGAGGCAGUUACAGUGGGUCAAAGAUUUGGUCAACGCAUUCCAAUACGGUGCAACACUGAAGGAAGACAGAGUUGAUGCAAGCAUUCACAAGAAUGAAGAGAUCUCAUAG